AUGGCAAGAUACACUGCUCCCAGAGUCCUGGCAUUAGUCCUGCUCCUCCUCGCGAUAUGGACAACUACUACUUAUGCGUCAUCUCUGCCUGAUAACGCAGCUGAUGGGUCGUACUCGACUCCACCAUCUCUCGGCGAGAGACAGAACAGACUCCCUCUCAACCCACAAGCCCUCUACGGUAUCGGCGUGCGAACAGGGAGCUACCUCCAAGGCUUCGCAUUCGUGAUUGGCUUCACCUACCUCGACGACGUGGACCCAAAAUCGCAAUUCUCCGGUAUCAUACUUGCUCUCCAGCUUCUGAUCAGAUGGUGGAACAAACACAACACCCACACCGCAUCACUGUCCGAGCUUUGGAUCGGUCUCGCUCAGCUCCUCAUCAUCACUACGCCGGGUGCCUUCUUGCUCUUCUUCAGCUUUGGGUAUCAGCGUAGACAAUGGAAGACGGCUGACAAUCGGCCAUUGCAUCGUUGGGAGGUCAUCCGAGAUCAGGGUCUCAAUUUCUUGCUGGUAUUCGCCGUGCUUACUGGUGUCGGAGCUACCAAUAUCACCAUGGCUCUCACCGCUACCGAUGCUGUGCAUUACACCGGAACACCGGCAGUAGUGGAUGGUGUGACCAACCCACUAUGGAUCUUCAAGGUCUGGCCUGCGCAGGGAAGCUACAUGCUAGCAUUCAUGUGGAUUCAAUCCGGCGUCACAAUCAUCCUAGAAGCCAUACCCUACACCAUCUAUCUCUCCGCUUGGGCUGUCUACGGACGAGAUUACUUCGUCAUGACCAUACUCCGGCGGAAUAUGCAUCGCGAGAGCCACGAGGUCGAGGAGAAGCGUACGGAAACAAACUGGAUGGAUCGCUUAAUCGAUUGGAUGUACAGCUGGCCGAAAGAGCUCGGUUUGGUGAUGCUCUACUCCCUCGCCUGCGCAUAUGUAGUGAUACUCAUCUUCUCGGUCGAGCGAACAAUCACAGCAGCGGACAUCGGGCCCACAGGGACUCUAGCAGAUCCUUCCCAGCUUCUACCUUUCAUCACUGGGGUCAUCGCAAUAGUCAACGCUCUGGCGAGUGCUGCAAACAGAUUCUCGAUGGUGUCGCAUCAUGUCAGUCAUCAUAGGUUGUUGAAUGGUGGCACUUUGAUUUUCUACAAAGAUGGGAGGUACUACCAGAACGGUCAAAGGACAGAAGUCAACAACCCCGGUCCGGGAGGAUACAUACCACUGAUUGAAUAUGGCACUCCACGGCUGCAGCGAGAUUAUGAUUAUUCGUAG